UUAUGUAAUGUAAUGGUGUUCCACAGUAACCCAGCUUUGUGACCGUAGAUACGUCGUAACAGGGGUUAAAAGCGGAUACGGGCAACUAAAAAGAAAGAAUAUCAAUGAAAACAGAUUGUGUCGUGGUCCGUGGAGGAAAGCGGCGCACUGAGCCGAGGUUUCUUUUAUUCAACCUGCUUGAAAGGGGUAGACGGUAUGUGCCCCAAACCAAAGACUAAGUUAGGGCUGAGAAUGAAGAGUGUCAAUGGAUACAUUUUUAUCUAGGCUACAAAGGGAAUUUGUAAAGUAAGCAUAUUCUAUCUUAAAUUAGCUGUAAAAUUAGCCUAGCUAGACAGAAACCGACCGGGUUUGAGGAGAUUAUCAAAGAAGGGACCCAUUUACCGUGUCGCUAGUUGUCACCGUGUGUUAUUUCAAUGGUCCAUGCAUUACUAUUACACAGACAAGCUCUUCCGUCCGCGUUGCUUUGAAGAAAAAAGCAACCCAUUGUCCAGUUGGACGUUUUUCCGGUGACAUAAGCCAUCCACCAUGGAUCUGCUGGAGUGUCCGCUCUGCCUCUUCCUGAUGGCCGAGCCGGUGACCAUGUCGUGCGGCCACACGUUCUGCCGGAGAUGCGUGGGGGGCUACCUUCCGUCCAGAUGCCCGUCGUGCAAAGAGAGGUUAAAACAAAGAGAGGUGAAAAUCAUGAAGAACAACGUUUUGCUUAUCAGCGUCGUUGAAAAGUGCUGCCCCGACGAGACAAAGACGAAGUGCCAAAUACAGGAGAAGCUCAAAGCCAACGACUUCAUGGAAGCUUUACGAAUUGCGAACGAGGCGCUACACUUAGUCCCAGAUGAUCAGAGUUUGAAGGUGUACAGAGCUGAAGCUAACUGGGGCCUGAUGCGUUUCUCUGAUGCUCUGACAGACCUCGACUACCUCUGCUGCCUUCGUCCUAGCUGGGCUGAGGGCUUCUUUCGUAAAGGGAAUGUACUGCUGGAAAUGGGUCAGCAAACAGAUGCCCUCAUCCAGUUCUACCGUUGCCUAAAACUUCAUGCUGACUUUGUCCCUGCAAAGAGCCAGAUCAAGAAGAUUCUGGAGGCAGAGGGCUUGGCAUUGCCAGACGAGGCGUCCUGUAUCUUGCAAGUGGUGUCCGAGUACCUGAAAGGUCCCUGCCCCAUUACCAGCGUCAGUGACUCCCAGGGGCCUAGUCACCCUGAGGGGCUCAAACAUCCACGUGGAGAUGAGGGAGAGGGAAAAGGGAGGAGAGAGGCACACCAGGGCUCGAAGGUGAAGCAUGAUACGGGUACUGAGUGCUGCCUCAGCCUCUGCCAAGCUGUUUCCUUCCUCCCCGCUGCUGAAGAGGACGAAGAGAUGAUGAUGAGGAAGGAAGAUGGGCAUGGCAAGGGUGAAAAUGGUCACAGCAGGGAGAAACGUCUAAGUGUUCUCACUGUGUCAGAUUUUGAGUGCCCUCUCUGCAUUAGGUUGUUUUUUGAGCCAGUCACUACUCCCUGUGGUCACACCUUCUGUAAAAACUGCAUAGAGAGGAGUCUGGACCACAACCUCCGCUGUCCACUCUGCAAACAGCCCCUACAAGAGUUCUUUAAAAACAGGAAGUACAACCCCACAGUUCUGCUUCAGGACAUCAUGGCCCGCCUUUUCCCCUCACAGUUGGCUGAGAGGAAACAGGUCCAUGAUGCUGAGAUGGCUGAACUGUCCAAGUAUGCACUCCCUUUAUUCGUUUGCACGGUGGCCUACCCUGGACUGCCCUGCCCCCUGCACAUCUUCGAGCCUCGAUAUCGGCUGAUGAUGCGUCGCUGCAUGGAGACUGGCACCAAGAAGUUUGGCAUGUGCAGCUAUGAGCAUGGCAAGGGGUUUGCAGACUAUGGCUGCAUGUUGGAGAUCCACAGUCUGGAGCUGCUGCCCGAUGGGCGGUCCUUUGUGGACGCAGUGGGUGGCAGCAGAUACAAGGUGCUUAAGAGAGGUCAGAGAGAUGGCUACCACACCGCUGAUAUAGAGUACCUGGAGGACCUCAAGGUUGAUGGUAGUGAGUUGGAGCUUUUGGAGAGUCUCCAUGAUAGUGUGUACCAGCAGGCUCAGGACUGGUACCAGCGCCUCGGCAGCCGCAUUCGUGAGCAGAUCAACAGACAGUACGGCACCAUGCCAGAUAAGGAGGAAAACAUUCAGGCCUCGUCCAACGGUCCGGCUUGGUGCUGGUGGCUGCUGUCGGUCCUCCAGCUGGACCCUGCCUAUCAAACCACUGUCCUGUCCCUGACCUCGCUCAAAGACCGCUUGGGACACCUCCGCCUCGUCUUGGAGUACUUCUCUCAGAGCUAGACCCCACAGCUCCGUGGAUAUUUAUGACCACAACUAGCUGAUGAAAACCAAUCGAUGCAUCUAUGUCACAGAGUUUGGGCUUGGGUGUACUCUGAAACCUAAAGUCACAGCUAAAGGCCAAUAGCAGACAGAAAGUGAUUUAUAACAAAACACAGUGCAGUUGUACAGAGUUGGGCUUUUGGUGUUUGAGUUUGCAUGCGUUAUCGUUCUUGCACCAUUUGGUUCCCCAGGAAUUCAAGGGUUCAGACUAGUUUCUGAAUAAACGUUGUGCUUGCUGCAGCAGUAAGAACUACAGGGCUGACCAAAGAUGCUUCUUCUUUAGAUCCAUCAAAAGUAGUAAUAUAUUAUUUGUUGAUCAACUAAAUCAGUUCAAAUAAUAUUGCUAAAAAUAAGCACUAGGUGUCACUGUUCUUUUCUGUUUAUAAAAAUGAAGAACAUGCAGCAUCAGCCAAGUUAAUACAGUAUACUGUACUGUCGUGUUGCCUAUUCAAAUCCGACUCUUUGCAUUAACAUAGCUAAGUUUGGAGUGGGGAUAAACAAUAAUAGCACACUAAAUUUGUAGAGAUUUGUAGAUAAUUGUUCAGGACUAUACACAGAGGAUUCAAGUUAUUUAGAUAUUGCUGAAGGGCACUACUUGUGAUGCUUAUGUUUUAGAUGCAACUAUUGGCCUUGGCAGCCAUCGACUAUGGCUCAUUUUAUACCUUAAAAGACCCCUUUUUAGUAUUAAAUAUUGCAAUAAAAAUAUAAAGUUUCACAUGGAAUGGCAGCAACUGAAGGAUCUUUUGAAUGAAAGCUGCUGCUGUGACUGCUGGAUGUCUCUCUGGAUGCAGCAUGUCAUCAGCUGGCGGGGAAAGUAUUCUGUGAAAUCAUAACAAUGAGGAGAUUGGGGUCGGUGAAUGGGAGGCAUAGCAGCUUUGUUUUACAGUAUAUGAAGCUGUGUGACUAUGUAUGGUGAUUUGGUGAUGGAUGCAGUACUGUCAGCUGUAAAUAAGAAGUAAUUUUUUCUCAGUCGCCAUCUUCAUUGGCUGAGUAUUUUGUUUUAAAUGUCAUAUGGCGUGGUGUCACCCCUGAUAACAGCUACUGUCACAUCCGGUUCCCUGACGUGGGUUUAUAAAUGAAGCAUUAGUCUAGGACACAGUGUUUAACAUCUCUUGUGCAGAGAAAAAUAAUUUAGCUAGGGUCUGACUAGAGUUGAGUGCCCCUGCGGUGCCUCUGUGUAGGCCACAUCACCUCCGUCUGGCCCCUGGUACGUCUCCCUGUCUGUCUGGCCCCUCUACCACCAGUCAUGGUUCCUUUGAGUGCCUGGGCCAACUCAGGAGACCUGCAAGUCUUAAGAGUUUCUACACCACAUACAGUAUGUAAUGGACUGUGUGUCAUUUUUUGCCAUUGAUUUUAUACAGGGCAUUCCAUGGAAUGUUAAAGCUGCAAUAUUACUUAAAGUUAAUGAAUUAACAAAUACUUUGAUAAAUAUGCCAUAGAUAUUUCUUUGUUAUGUGUUUUGUAGGAAUAGUUUGCUAAUGGUCACUGUGUUUAUGUUUGUCUACAUAAUGGACUCUGAGGUCUUCAGCCAUCCUGCCUUUUGUAUGGUGUACAUUGAACCACCAUCUUUUCAUGGCAAACAUAUCACUUUGAACAGUCAGAAUUAGUCCAGCAAACGCAAUCAUAGGUUCAGCAGCCCUGCUAGUGUGGUAUUGUCGAUUAUAGCUUAGAAUAAAAGGGGUAAUCGUGAGGCUUGAAAUGCAUAACAAUGUCCCACUAAAGGGCGAACCAUUGGAUACACUGAUGGAUACUGGGGCAGCAUUGGUUACCUUAUAAACAGGCUAACCACUGAACUCUAACAUGGGCAAUUACACUUUACUUUAGCCAAAAAAACACAGUUUGCACCAUCUUUUAAAAUGGGUUAAUCAACCUCAGUAAAUAUGCUGAUGUUUUUGAAAACAUCUGGGAUUGAAAUUGGAGUCAAAAGAGACUUUACUAUGCCAGUUAUCGCAACAUUUCUCCAAAGCUGUUGAAUUCACUGAAGGAUUACAUGUAUCAUAGAGGUCAGUUUCUUGCUGCAUCCAGAUGCUCACUCACAAAUAUAAAAGGGAUUGAGAUUCUUAUAGAAUUUUUUGAAUGACCAGCCUCAUAGUCCUUGUGGUAAACACAUGACUUAUGAGGUGACUUUCACUCCACUGUUUGACAUCUUAUCAGAGAAGAAAAUAUUUUGGCACAGUGAAAUCAUUUUGUGUGUUUUGCUUUCUGAUGCUCAGCUGCAGCUUGUCGUUUGUUUUCCUCUCUUUUUCAAAUAAUAUAUAUUUCUGUGUCUCCUUUAUUACUUAUAGAUGCCUCUCAUUGCAUAAAAUAGUGAUGUAGGUUAAUCACAGCAAUUGGUCUCAUAUUGGUUUACAGAACUUACUCUCUGCACCGGUGUGCUAUUUUACUUUAUGAUAAAAUGCUAAAUAUAUUGGAAAUAUAAAUGAUUUUACCAUCAUGUUUUUGAUCUAACUAUUGGCCAAUUUAAUGUUUAAUUUGCCUAUAAUCUAUCAAUAUGGUCAACUAUGUAUAGCAGCACAGUCAUUACUUUUCAUCUCAGUUAGACUACAGCUCUGGCAGAUGUCCAUUAGCAAUAGUUGCAGUAUAAUUGGGGAAAAUGUUGUCCAACGCCCCCGUGAGAACGAGUCUUACACUUGUGUACUUGGGGAGAGGCUGUGAAAAGCAUCAUGUCAUUCUCACUAUGCUGCAGCUCGCAGAUGUUGGCUGAUGUGGUUUGAUGGUCAGUGCUCUGUGGGCAGUAUGAAAGAGAGACGUGCAUUGUUAUUCUCUAAACUCUGUGCUCAAAUACGUCAAUGUUAUCACAAGUUCAUUUAAACCCACUGAAACUAAAGCAAUUUCUGUCUGAUUCAUUUGCAUUCAUUCCUCCACCUCCAAGCCAAGAGCAGGAAAUGAUCUCAAUCUUGUUAAUGUUUUGUUUUCGCUUGCCCCCUGGAUGACUUUUUAAAUGUUAUUAUAAAUAAAGCUU